UGCCGCUACUGUCACUUCUGCCGCUGCCGCUGUUGUUACAGAUUUUGCUUUUGCUCCUUCUACCGCAUGACAAUUGUUUUCCUCGUCUAAGCAGAUACCAGCCUCAGAUGCUCAAGGUGAGAGUCUUGCCUUUCGCUCUGGGCUAUUGGUUCACUUAAUCCGUCAAUUUGUUCCGUGUUCGUGGUUUUCUUUCUCUUGUCGCCCUCCUUCCCCGUUUUGUUUUGUUGUGCUUGCUUUUGGGGGGAUGUUUCUUCCCUCCCACAGAAGACCUGGAAUUGCUUGAGAGGUGUUUAAGGAAUUAUAAAAGUGGCCACCAAACAGGAGCUCAGUAAUUGCAAAGCUACUCUUGCUUCAGAGAGGCAGAGAGAGUGACAGAGAGCUCAAGGGCAGGGGGGAUAGGGGAGAUCUUAUUUUUCCUGUGCGUUACUUCUCUCCCAGUUCGGAUGAUGUUGCUGAGCUCGGACCUUUUGUUGACUCCCACCCUGUGAUUUUUGCAGAGCGCUGUGACUAUUACUACCAUCUCUUUUUGUCUGUGUCUCACAGUAAUGGACUGUGAUAGAGUUAAGGCCUUUUGGAGGUGAGCUGUUUGAGAGCUGAUGCUUAAACAUGUCUGAAGUAGCUGCCGACACUUUCCCCAGCCCCUCAGCUCAGCUGAGCCCUGACGCGUCCCUCGACGGGCUCCCGGCUGAGGAGAACAUGCCGGGGACCCAAAGAGAGGACAGGAGGGUCCAGGGGCUAGCAGGCCUGGCCGCAACCUGCUGUGUGUGCCUGGAGGCAGAGCGACUGAAGGGCUGCCUCAACUCUGAAAAGAUCUGCAUCGCCCCUAUCCUGGCAUGCCUGCUCAGCCUUUGCCUCUGCAUUGCUGGCCUCAAGUGGGUCUUUGUGGACAAGAUUUUUGAGUAUGACUCUCCUACCCACCUUGACCCUGGGAGGAUAGGACAAGACCCAAAGAGCGCUGUGGAUCCUACAGCUCUGUCUGCCUGGGUGCCUUCGGAGGUGUAUGCCUCACCCUUCCCCGUACCUAGCCCCAAGAGCAAGGCUGAAGUGACAGUGCAAACUGACAGCUCGCUCGUGCCCUCCAAACCGUUCCUCCAGCCUUCUCUGUAUAACCGCAUCCUAGAUGUUGGGUUGUUGUCCUCUGCCGCACCUUCGCUGUCACCACCUGCCCUGGAGCCUACCACAGCGUCUCAGGCACAAGCAACAGAAACCAAUCUUCAAGCUGCUCCAAAACUUUGUAAGUAG